UUUUUUUUUCAGGACCUUAUGUUUUUUAAUUUUUAAAUAUGCUCUCACUAUUUUAACCCUUCCCUUCGUACCCUAAUGUCAAAUAUCCCCAAAUCUCUUCUUUAGUUUGUUUCAUUGUUUUUCAUUUUUCCUCUUCAGAGGGACAGUUGUUUCUAUCAUCAUAUCAGAAGCUUAUGAAAUCUUUCUCUUACAGACUGCAAAUUGUGGAAGUACUUGGACUACCUGAAAUAUCCAAGUAGCUUAAUUACUUCUCAGUUUGCUCAAAAAAUACAUCAUAGAUUAAGUUCCUUUUGAUUUGUUAGCAUUUUUCUAUUCUUUUUGCCAGUUUGCUAGCUUUUCUAGUGCUACUCAUCUGUUUGAAACACUUCACUUUCACGGAGUUCUCAGGCCUCUAAGUUUUUUGUCAAUUCAUCUAAUCUAUUUUCUAUACCUUUUAUCUUCUACUAGGUUUAGAAUGCCUUUUAAAUUAGUCAGUUGCUGAAAUCUUUAUUUGCAGUUGUCUGUGAGGAUACCCUUUUUUCAAAAGCUAAAGAGUUCAGUUACUUAUGGAAGAUUUUCAAGAAAAUUUGUCUCCUUCCUCCUUGUUAUCCUCUUCUUUCUCUCCACCCACCCCACACCCAUUGUCAAUUGAUUCUGAGCUCUGGCAGAUGGGGGAGGAAAGAGCCCAAGAGAUAUUAUGUGUCAUUCAACCAAACAUAGUUUCUGAUAAGAAGAGAAAGGAGGUCAUUAAUUACGUGAGGAGGCUAAUUAAUGGAUAUUUUGGAACAGAGGUUUUAUCAUUCGGGUCAGUCCCUCUGAAAACCUAUCUUCCUGAUGGGGAUAUUGAUUUGACUACUUUCAGCUAUCAAAGUUUGGUAGAGGAUUUAGCAAAUGAAGUGUGCAAUAUACUCAAACGCGAAGAAGACUCAGUGUUCCAAGUUAAAGAUGUUCAAUACAUAAAUGCACAGGUUAAGGUUGUGAAGUGCACUGUCAAAAGUAUAGCAGUGGAUAUCUCUUUCAAUCAAGUAGCUGGCCUCUGCACUCUCUGCUUCAUGGAGCAGGUUGAUCAACUUAUGGGGAAGGACCAUCUAUUUAAACGCAGUAUAAUCUUGGCCAAAGCAUGGCUCUAUUACGAGAGCCGAAUCCUCGGUGCACAUCAUGGUUUGAUUUCAACCUAUGCACUGGAAACGAUGGUCCUGUAUAUUAUCAAUCUCUUUCAUGCAUCACUACGUGGUCCUUUAGAGGUACUAUAUAGAUUUUUGGAGUACUAUAGCACAUUUGAUUGGGAUAAUUUCUGUGUCACAAUAAACGGGCCUAUUGCAUUGUCUUCCCUUGCUGAAAUUGCGACUGAGAGAACAGAAGGCGGCGAUGAUAAAUUACUUCUUGGUAAGGAGUUUCUGAGGAAUUGCAGGGAUAUGUUCUCAAUUCCAAUGAGGGCAAGUGAAGCUGAAGUGAAUGAAUUCCCAAUUAAGCAUCUCAACAUUUUAGAUCCUCUAAAUGACAACAACAAUCUAGGUCGUAGUGUUAGUAAAGGCAAUUUCCAUCGAAUUAUAUGUGCGCUUUCACAUGGAACUCGAAAGCUUGGAGAGAUACUCAUGCUACCAGGAGUAGGCCUGGGUGUAGGACUUGAAGAGUUCUUUACGAACACUUUGGACAGAAAUGGAAGGGGAGAAAGGCCAGAUAUCCAAGCUCCAGUUCCUGCAUUCGGUACUGGAAGAUGUGAACUUUAUGAACUCAGUGGAGACUAUGAGAGUUACUAUGGUGGUCUACAGUAUACACAGUGGUACCAUGAUUAUUUCAUAACUAUUUCUAUGCAGUCAAAUCAAACCCUUUCUUAUGUGUGGGAUGAGAGCACCCUGUCCUGGACAGUGCAGCCGAACCAGAAUGGAUUUCAAAGACUGGGUACGGAAUUAUAUGUCCCAAGCAUGCCGCUUUAUCAUCCUAAUUUGUCACUACUACCUGCUGCAACUUUUCAUCCUUCUAUAAUGGGGAAAUCAAGAGGAACAGGAACAUACAUUCCUGACAUGACUCAUCAACUUUACAAAGAUAUUUAUAAGAAAGAGUGGAAAAGGACUACAGAACCUACAAAACAUAGUCUUCCUCUGAAAUCAGCCCAAAAGACUAAUGAGGACAACAAGCCCUCCAAAAAGGAUAAGGGUAAAAGUAGCAGCCCACUUGAUCUCUCGCUUGAUGAAUUCCCAUUCCUUUCUGGCACCUCGAACACCACACAAUCAGAAACCCCUCAGCCUGUUGAGCUCGCCGUGAAUUCUUCUCCAACAUUUAGAAACGUCGAGUUUGGGUCUUCAAUGCACUCACCGUCACCAUCAGAAAUGCAUUCCCAAUUAGCAUGCAAACAGACAGAUUCAGUUAUUUCGUGCUCAUUCAACUCUACACCAAAUGCUCCUGUCCUGGAAGUUGAGAAGCAACAAGAGUUGCAGAGUGAUGAAGUGGCGAAUCCUGUACAACCUUACGAGCUGGAAGCUGAAAAAGAUUUCCCGCCUCUGACAUGUUGUAGUAUCACCUCAAAGAAGGGAAAUGCAAAUAGAACAGAAGUUGCAGGGCAUGGAAAAGAUAAUUGGCUCGACUGAAGCUAAUAGUCCAGCCAAAAAUUGAGGCUAACAUGAGAAGAGAACAAUUUAUUGUUAAUUUAUCUUUGUUUGGUUCUUUCUUUUCUUCUCGCUAAACCAUUAAUUAGCUCUUUUCAAAAGACAAAAAUUACAUUAUGAGAGCCUGGGUGGGACGAUUAACUCUUCUUUGAUAUGAUAGGUUCAAUUUUACCUUUAAA